AUGGACCAACCACUCAGCAAGCACAUGGCGAUCGACAAGCCGACACAGGAAAAGUUCUUUGAGGUGCGGUCGCCCGCCAGCUUCGCGGCGCGGAUGUGGUCGCGCAACUACAGCGGCGUGCCCGUCGUGCCGGACGGCGACGUGAUCCUCGUCGUAGGACUCAGCGAGGAGACAACAGAGCUGCGCGUAGACUCGCUCAUACUGAAGCGGGCGUCAAGGGUGUUUGGCGCGAUGCUGGGGCCGCGCUUUUCCGAAGGGCAGAAGCUGCUGGACAGGGGAUCAGAACCCGUCAAGAUCAGCCUCCCGGACGAAGACCCCGAGAUCAUGGAGCUGAUCCUCAACAUCCUGCACCACCAGAACUCGCGCGUGUGCCAGAUCGCGGCAGCGGACUCGAUCCUCGAGGUGGCGGUUGUCGCCGACAAGUACGACUUGAUUGACGCGCUCAAAUACGCGUCGCAAACCAUGCUGCACUACCACGAGCCGUCGAUUGACCACUUGACGGUCGGCGACUUGUGGAGGCUAGGCCUGGCGGCGGGCCUGCUCAACGAGGCCAAAUCAUUUGAGAAGAUCACCCGCAUGCUUGUCUGGAACCACACGGUGCCGUACAUACAAUUGGUGGACGCGGAGGACGUGGUCGACAUCGAGUUUGCGCUGCGGAUGUGCUAUCUCCUUGAAAAGGAGAGACAGGACCUGAAGACGUCGUUGCUGAUGCACCUCUUGCCCAUCAUCUCGACCGGUAACCAACUCCGGCUCGUCGAGAUCAAGGUCGAUUCGGUCGAGCACUUUGACGCGUGGCCGGAGCUGAUGAAGUUGUUCGGGGCCAGUCUCAAGGAGACGACAAAAUUCGCCGAAGGAUUGGUCUUGGCGGACCGGAGCCGUCGCGCUGCCGGACCCAGUUCGGACUUUAUGAGGCACUUCAAGGCCCGCGGAGGCAUACGCCUUGCGGAUGCACGGCGUGGGCGAGACUGA